AUGCUGGGAGACGAUGGAAUUUCCGAGCAUGCCGACUUGCUCCGCGAUCUUCAAGAUGAGGACAAGGAAAAAGCAUCCAAGGCAAGCAAGGAAUUGCUGGGCAUUGCUGAGAGGACCAAGAUGUCCGAAAAGAUUUCAAGGAGCGUCCUGGAGGCCGUGGUGAACGGACUGCGAUCAGAGCAUGCAGAGGUCCUGACUGAUGUCACCUCUAUAAUCUUUUGGAUUGCCUACGGGAAUGAAGACAACCAGAAGAAUCUCUUGACGAUCCCGCAUUUCCUUCCGCUGAUGGUUCAGAUUCUGGGCAAAGUCAACUACUCCGGCAGGAUCAACCAGGAGCAGAUAAACGCGAUUCAUGCUCUGUCACAGGUUGUCUUUGUCGAUCCUGAAACUGCGAUCCAAGUGGUCGGAAUGGCUGGCUUCUUGUCUGGAGCAGUUUCCAUGAUCCGUAUGAAUGGGAGUAAAGAAAUGCACAAGAAUGCUCGAGACAUCGCAGCUCUUGCGAUCAACAACUGCGCUGGGAUGGGAGGGGAAGAGGCAGGUGGAAAGAUUGCUUCGGAGCCGGGACUUCUUGAGUGCUUGAAGAAACUUUGUUCAUCGAAAGAUGCCGAGGAGCAAACAAGAGCGACUUCUAUCUGCUAUCAUAUCUCAAGAAGUCCUCUCGGGAAAUCGAUGAUGCUUUCACCCAAGGCUGACUUUCCGUCGAUGCUGAAUGACAUGAUCGGGAAGAGAAUUCUCACUGACGACCCGAAGCCCAACGAGUCCCACCCUCCUCACGUUCACCUUGCAAACUUGACUUUGUGCAACCUGGUGGGAGAUACUGCGAAGGCGAAACAAGACAGGAUCGAGAUCGUUGCCGAGAUUCUUGAUUGUGCGAUGAGUGGGCAGAGGUUUGGCGGGAUAAGCUGGAGAGUGUAUGACGUGUUGCACUCGCUGGAGAUGAUUGCAAGUUGUCGAGAUAAUCAUACAGUCAUCGCCAACUGCAACGUCGUCCGCCUCCUUGCCAAGAUACUCAUGGACUGGAAGCCAGGCUCGUACGACAAACAUUUCACGAAAGCCAAGGCACAAUCGCUCCCUGUCAUCGAGAAAGUUUGCAACAUCGUGCUGCAGCUUGAAGGGAGUGAAGAAGUCAAGAAGAAGCUGACUGAGGCUGACAUGAAAAAGUCGUUGGACAAUCUAAUCAAGUCCGAAAAUUUCGUUGCUCAACGGCUGGCCAAGAAAAUCUCUCAGUGUAUGAAAGAGACGUCAACUGAUCCGUCAACUCAAUCCUCUUCUUCAAUCAGCCUUCUGUCCUCCAACGGCAAGACGUCCGUGGAGACUACGAGCAAGAAAGCGUCUCUCGUCCCUCCUCUCUCUCUCUCCUCCCUCUCCCAGCCAGGAAAGAUGUCAUCGGCUCUGACAGAGAGGAGCGAAGUGACCAAGACGCUCAAGAAGGAGAUUGUCGCGAGCCCUCGCACAAACAUCUCAAGUUUCCUCACCCCAAGAAGGGGCCCAACAACAUCUACAGCAACUCCGUCGUCUUCUUCCUCCCUGCCCCAGCAGCAGCAGCAGCAGCCACAGGAUGCAGCGCUGUGGAAGAUCAGGGCAGAGGAGCUGGAGAAUAGGAACAAGGUCUUGCAGGAGAAUCUGGCGGAGGCAGAGGCGGAGGCGAGGCGGAUGCGAGAGGAGCUGCAGGACACGGAGAAGAACUGGCAGGCGACGAGGAAAGAGAAGGAAAAGUUGGAGAUGGAGAAGAAGGCUGAAGUGAAGCAGCUGAAGGGAGAGAUUGAGACACUGCGGGAGAGCGAGUCGAGGUACAAGGUGCUGCUGAGCAAGAGCAAGAAGGAGCUUGAGGCGGCGAAGACGACGGGCGGGAAGCACAGCAGCGAUGACACUGUCAUCAAGCUGACAAGCGAGCAGCAGAACUUGCAGAAGCUGAACGCGAAGCUUGAGCGGCAGCUGAAGGAGGAACGGCUCGAGUUUGACAGGGUGAUUGUCCAGCUGACUAAGGAGAAGCAGCAGAUUCAGUUCGAGCUUGACCAGCAGCUGUCAAGACAGUCGCGGUCGAAGGCGGAGAGCGCAGACGGGAUGGAGGAGAGUAGGAGGAGGUACGAGGAGCUGCUCAAGGAGAACAAGGAUCUCAUUGAGGAGGGGAAGAUUAAGACCAAGUGGUUCGAGAGGGUGAAGGAGGAGCUGGAGCAGAGUGUGAAGUCGCUGGAGCAGCAGCUGGAGCAGAUGAGGGGGCCGCUGAUGAGGAGCGGGGAGAUCAUCACGGAGAAGGAGGAAACGAUCUCGAUGCUGACGCAGCAGAUCUCGAUGAAGGAGGAAGAGAUGGUCAAGAACUCAGAGGCCGUGAAUGAACUGAGGAGGAGGUUGGAGGAGGAGGAUGCAACCCAGGCGAGGACGGUCGUCCUCUCGCUUGCCUCCUCCUUCAGGGAAUUGUGUCCGAAUCCUAUGGAAAGGAAGCGGGUGGAGGAGAGAGCUGCGAGCGACAUCUGCCGGGCGAUCUCCUGCCCGUCCUCUCGCAUCCGAGUGAUUGGGAUAUUUGAGCUUGCAAAUUCAGUCGAGAUGUACGUGUGUAUCUUACCGUCGUGCAAUGACGAGGAGAGGGGAAAGUCGGCGGAUGAGAUUGCGAGGGAGAUGCUAAGGAGGGUGAGAGAGAGGAGUAUCACAUGGAUGGGGAAAGAAUGUUUGAGGAGUACGCAAGGAGCUUUCCUGCAGCCUGUGGAAGAUGCGUUGAGAAACUUUCAAGAUCAGCUUGACAGUCUGGACAUGCAGCACUUCCGACUUGUAGCGCGAGUGUCACAGCAGAUGGAGAGGGAGGAGCUGAACAGGUUGGAGAGAGCCAAGAAGAUGUUCCUUCGGACAUCUUUCAAACAUUCCUUGAGAUGUCUUGUUGCAAACACCGAGAGGAACAGGAGGAGGAGAAGGGUCAUGGACAAGUGCUUGUACAGGUGGCUGUUCAACAUGCAGGCUGUCUUCUUCAGAGAGUGGAGGUUGUGGAAAGAGCACGUUAGCUUCUUGAGGAACAUGUCGGAGCAUGUCAUGAUCAAGCAUGCAAGGCAUGUUGCAAGUUGUUCAGUUCAGUUGUGGAAGAAGACUGCAACGACGGAGAAGAGGAAAUCACAAACUGCAGGGAAGAUGAUUCUGAUACAGAACAAUAAGCUCUGUAGAGAUGUACGCAAGUUGUGGUACCACCAAUCUUACAUGAGAAUCUGCCUCAAAAACAUUGGUAAAAGCAUCAUGAAGAGAUGGAUUGCGAUGACGAUGAGAAAGACGUUGUCAUUGUGGUGGAAAAUUAUGAAAGAGACAACAAGACAAAUUCAUGUCGACAACAAGAUUGAGUCUUGUUUGACAAGGAAAUACUUGAUCGUGUUCUUUCACGAUUGGAGAGACUCUUUGUUUCAUGAGAUCAGAACCACAGAUCUCAUUGCAAUGGAAGAAAGCAACAAGUUGAUGCAAGACGAGUUGACUCAGACAAUCAACGAGGUCUUGGCGACCAAAGAGCAAACAGAAAACGAUAUGGAGAGUUUGAAGACAAGAUUAGAGUUCUUGUUGAGAGAGAAAGAAGAGAUCAUCAACAACCUGCACCAUCGUCUUGAUAGUCAAAGUUUGCAGAUCCGCAACAUUGAAGAAGAUUAUCAACUCAAGAAGCAGGCCAUCAUCGAAGAGCAAGAGAAUGUCAAGAUUGUCAAAACAGAUCUCAUUGAAGCAGAAAACAUCAUCGACAAACUCAAAGAAGAAAGACUUGACAUGAUGAGCAAACAGGCAACGCUGGAAGAUGAGCUGUUGUCGUUGAAGGACUCCAACAGGCUUGUUGAGAUGCAGAUGCAAGAUGCCGUAGACGAGCUGAACAAUCGGCUGAAUCAAUUGAAGCAUGAGAAAGUGCUGCUGGAAGAAGAAGCGGGCGAGAGAGAAAGACAAUUGUUGAGAUCCAUACAGGAUCUUGAAGGUCGUCUGCUCAUGGAAGAGAAGGAGCGAGCGGCGAUCGGCAAUGAAAGUUAA